UAAAAAAUUGAAAAACAAGAAAGAGGCAAACGCGCGUUCCAAUCAAGAACACAAUAAUUGGCUUCAGGAAAUCGCUUCCAACGCCUUCCUCGUUCCGUUCCUCUCAAUACACGCGAGCUGCCAGUCAGCUAAGCUGUUAAUUUCAAAAUAAAUUAUCUCAAAGUAUUUUUCCGUUAAACAAAACAGUUACAAACAAGUUCAAAUUCUCGUUAGAAGUUUAUGAUCGAAUUUGAAAAUCGAUGGCGUCGAACAAGAUCGAACGCGGUCACCAGAUGUACCGUGACGGACGUUACAAAGAGGCGUUAGGGUUUUACACUGAAGCCAUCGCUAUGGCGAAGACAAAUCCACAGAAGAUCGCUUUGCACAGUAAUCGAGCUGCUUGUUUCCUCAAGCUUCACGAUUUCAAAAAGGCAGCAGAAGAGUGCACCUCAGUGCUCGAGCUUGAUUACAAUCAUAGUGGGGCCUUGAUGCUGCGGGCUCAAACAUUAGUGACACUGAAGGAAUACCAUUCAGCACUUUUUGAUGUCAACAGACUCUUGGAAUUAAAUCCAUCCUCGGAGGUCUAUCAAAAUCUUCAUGCUCGCUUGAAGACACAGUUGGUAUCACUUGCUCCAAUACCAGAGUCAGAAGAGGAGUUUGAGGAAGAGGAAGAUGAGAAGGCUGAGGUGAUGCUAAAAGGUGAUGAAAAGAAUGAAGAAAUGGGACAGAAACACACGACAACUUCUAAUAUUAGGACAGAUCAAAAGGGUGAGCUUGGCAAAGGUGUUAUUAAUAUUGAAUGUGCUCCAGAAGAAACAGACCCCAAGUUUUCAUCCAAACAGGGAAGAGAUCAAAACUAUGAGCCUAAAAAGUGGACAACGGAGCUUGUAGUUCCUAAAGCGAAGAACAAGGAACCAGCCAAGCAACAAACCGAAGGAUGGCAAACAAUUCCAAAACCAAAAGGACAUUCAGCUCUGGAUUAUGCGCGGUGGGACAGUGUUGAAGAUGAUUCUAGUGAAGAAGACGAUGAAGAUGAAGAUGAUGAAUCUUUGCCUCAGUAUCGUUUCCGUGUGAGAACAAUUGGUGUGCGUCCUGUGAAAUGAGGAGAUUAUAAAAUAGGGUACCUAGAAAUGGCUGUUCCGAUCCAUUGUGAACAUAAACAGUGACCUCGGAUGGGCAAGAGUGGACUGGUUAAAAUAGCCCAAUCAUGUUAUCUGCUUGAAGAUCUACAAAUCCUAUUCAAGUACUUUUACUUGAUGAUUUGGCCAUCAAUGUCGAUUCCCUAUGAAGCUGCCAUCAUCCCACCGUUCAGUUAGUUUGCAUCUCUUGUGAUAGUAAGUUUAAGGGUUCAUGUUUCCAUCUUGGAACUAAGUACAGGGAGAGUUUCUCACAUGGCUGCUGUUGAGGCCCAUCUAACAUGAUCGAUACCAUUUGCAUCAGGGGUGAACUGAUUAUUUUUCUUGGUGAUACUGUAUACACAACUAUAACUAGUAUGGGUUUUUCCUGAUAUUUAUUGCAGAAAAUUAACAUGAUGAGAAUGCAGCUGCGAGCACCCUGUGAUUUAUCCUCCCAUUGUGUUUUUCUUGAACAUGAUUCAUCAUAAGUUCAUCAACAGGUUUAUGUCAGUUUUUAUAAUAACACUUAAUUAUAUGACAAUACCACAGUUUAGCUUUCUAUCUAUCUUUGUUUUUUUGGCUAGUGCCAUUUGCUUUUCUGUUUUUUAUCAAAGGAAUGUUGUAAUUUUUUUAUGCAAAGGAAGGAGUGUUGUAAUUGAUGGAA